AUGAUAAAGGCCAAUACUAAAAAAAUGCGUAAUACUACCGCACAUAUAUCUCCAAUUUAUUUCAACGUAGCUGAAUAUUGUUUAUUCGGAAUAAAUUUAUGUGUGAUUGUGGGAAUUAUACUUUAUUACAAUGUUGUGAAUAGAAAAUAUAAUACAGUUGCGGGUUUUUUGUUUGGUGGUAAAAAUAUGUCUAUUAUAUCUAUUUCUUUAGCUCUUACUGCCAGUCAUAUAACCAGUAUAAGUUUACUGGGUGUCCCAGUAGAGAUUUAUUUAAGAGGUACACAAUAUUGGGCAUCGGCACUCUCUCUUAUCGUCGUUACUUUUCUCACAGCUGUUAUUUAUUUACCUGUAUUCCACAAGUUACAACUAACGUCCAACUUCGAAUAUUUGGAGAUACGUUUCUCGACGCACACUCGGACUAUAGCGGCGGUUUUAUUUGUCAUUAGCAAACUGAUGCUUCUACCGAUUGUACCUUACAUACCGCUUAUGGCUUUCAGACUUAUAACCCAUCAACUAGCAGCUCGAGUAACAGCGGCACUGUGCGUCGCAUGCGGCACUCUUAUAGCAGUUGGUGGUCUAAGAGCUAUAGUAGCUAUAAGUAUAGGAACCACUUUCCUGGCUAUUGUGGGUACUGGCCUGCCAAGUGGAUUGGCAUUGCUGCCCAUGGGAUUUAAAAAGAUGUGGCAGAUUGCCAACGAUGGGGGAAGAUUGGUGUUUUAUGACCCAGAUCCGGAAUUAGCACACCAUACAUCAUUUUUUGCAGUCACGCUAGCUCUAAGCACACAUUGGCUAUGGAAAAUAGCACUAAGUCAAUCUUCUCUCCAGAAACUUCUUGCAGUACCAACGAUUAGUAAAGCAAGAUUAUGUUUAGCUUUAUCUUGUCUUGGUGUGAUUUUGAUGAAGCUGCUGUCUUGUUUCCUUGGAUUGGUUUUGUAUGCUUGGUUAGUUGGAUGCGAUCCAUGGAGAGCAGGGCAUAUUAGGAAACACGAACAGUUGGUGCCUCAUUUCCUGAACAACCUGGCCGCUAUGUUUCCUGGCAUCUGUGGCAUUUUUAUAAUUUCUAUUUUCACGGCUACUACUGGAUGCAUCGCAUCAUUGGUGAACUCAGUAUCUGGUGUAUUAUUUGAAGAAUUUAUCCGUCCAUGGAUGCCGCGAAAUACUAGUGAACUAGCAUGCUGUAAGAUUAUAAAGCUUCUCUGUAUACUAGUAGGGGCAUACUGCGCAAUCGUUGUAUGGUUCGCUAGGGAGCUGGACCGCCUGCAACACGUGGCUUCGGGUGUCACAGGUGUGACUGCCGGAACUUUGCUGGGCCUCUUCACUUUGGGCAUUAUAUUUUCUAGAGCUAACUGCUCGGGUGCAUUGAGUGGCUGUUUGUUAAGUUUGCUUCUCUGUGGCUGGCUCCUCAUAGGGGCGGAAAAUGCGCUCGCCACGGGAGCACUGACCUUUCAGGGAAAGCCGCUGACCACGUCAGGCUGUGGGAAGGCCAACUUUACGCUUUUGCAAAAUGUUGUACCAAUUUUGGCGACUGUUACGCCGCAAAUUCCAAUAACUACAAAACCACUUCAGUCUCUGUUUCGUAUUUCUUUCACUUACUGCCCUUUUGCUGGUGCUAUCUCAGUCUUGCUCAUUGGAAUCCCCAUGAGUUACCUCACAGGGAAAUCCAGGACCGAUUAUAUGAACCCUGAUGUUUUCUGCCCUUUGACACAAAGUAUCUUGAACAAAUCUCAGAUGAGAAGCACAUCUGCUUCUUUAGAGGAAAGAGUCCCAAACCCGCAAGAAGUAUACAUGGCAUUAGACGAAGCACUAAAACAUUUAAAAGAGGUUGUCGAUCAAUAAAUUCCAUUAUACCAUAAAGAAAUUAUAUG